AUGAGGAAACUUGAGUUUUUCUUCCUUUGUAAUUCUCUAUUAAUUGUAUUUUCAACAUUCUCUGUUUCUUAUGCUCAUGAAAAACCUGCAAUUCCUGCAGAGCAAAAUUCUCAGGCUUCUGCACAAGCUGAUCAAAAUGUUUCCUCAUCCGGCCAACAAAAUUCUGCUGCUUCUUCUGGUCAAUCUACUGGCCAGGAUUCUUCUGCUUCCUCUACUUCUUCUUCCACCCAACAAGCUCAAGGUACAGCUUCUGGCCAAACUAGUGCUUCUUCUAGCCUAGAAGCUCAAGGUGCAGCUUCUGGCCAAACUAGUGCUUCUUCUAGCCAACAAGCUCUAGGUACUGCUAAUGGCCAGAUUGAUACUACUCAUCAGAGCCAAGGCUCCUUUAGUGCUAGUGGAAGUGCAAGUGCCACUUUCAAAGGACAGUUUACAAAAGUUUUUGCUUUCGGAGACUCAUUUACCGAUACUGGAAAUGCUGCCAGCCUGGAAGGGGUCAAACCCUUUGGACACCUUCCAUUUGCCAAGCCAGGUAACCUACCCGGCCAUAGAAUGAGCAAUGGUAAAUUGCUUAUCGAUUUCCUCUGUGAGGAUCUUGGUUUGCCUUCAAUAAAAGCAUAUAAGGAUGCUUCUGGUAACUUCUCUAGCGGUGCCAACUUUGCAGUAGCAGGAUCAACUUGUCUUGCAUCAAAAUUUUUUACUACUCAUAAAAUGUUACACUCCUUGAUGUUUAAACAAAAACCUGAGAAUGCCUUGAUUCAAAUAGAUUGGUUCAACAAUUUUCUUCUAAAUGCGGAAUGUAAAGGUUUGGAUGAGGCUCAAUGCAAAGCUCACUUAUCAAACUGCCUCUUCUGGGUUGGUGCUCUUGGUCUUAGUGAUUAUGCACGUAUUAUUGGAUCGGCUAUCCAUGGUAAAUCACUUACAGAAGCAUCGGUGGAUCAUGUUUGCAAAAUUCUUAAGGAUUUGCUUGACAAAGGUGCAAAGUAUGUUGUGGUUCAAGGACUUCCACCAGCAGGUUGCUGUCCAUUACAAAUGCUCCUGAACCCACCAAGGGAACGUGACAGUAUGGGAUGUUCAUCUGGCCUUAACGCAUUGAUUCAAGCUCACAAUGAAGUCCUCGAGCAAAGGUUGGUAGAAUUUCGGGAACAGUACCAGGGUACAGUGAUUAUAUAUGCUGAUACCUGGAAGGCAUACAAAACAAUAAUGCUCAACCAUAAGAAAUUCCAUUUUGAAGAGCCCUUCAAGGCAUGCUGUGGAGCUGGAGGAGGACCACUCAACUUUGACUUGCAUUCCCUUUGUGGAUCAAGCGGCACCUCUGUCUGUAAAAAUCCCCAGAACUUCAUCAGCUGGGAUGGAAUUCACUUCACUGAAGCUAUGCAUAAACGUCUUUUUGAUAUGUUCGUCCACCAAGGCUUCUGCUCCCCAUCGUUUGAUGUGCUGAUUCAAGCCAAGAUGAAGGGUGGUCUUGCUCAGGGUGCUGCUGCUUUUGCUGCUAAGGGUAUUACUAAGGGUGCUGGUGCUGCUUUUGCUGCUUCGGGUGUGGGUGCUGGCGCUGCUGGUGCUGGUGCUGCUGGUGCUGCUGGUGCUGGUGCUGCUAUUGCUGCUAGGGCUGCUGCUAGGGCUCAUGCUGCUAAGGGUAUGACUAAGGGUAUUCUUGGUCAUAAAUUACUAAUCUGA